GAUGAGACGCUGUCUGAACUGCAACUUCGCCCUGACCUAGCCAGCCAGUGGAAGUACGGUCGACGGAUGGUGAGUGUGAAGAAAGGUGAGGCGACCACGGAUGCUGAUGCUCCUGGGCAGGGCCACCAAGGUCACCCCGUACCACUUGAUGGUGGCUUGAAGGUGACCCGAACUCCUAGCCUGGAUUUCUUGAGCAACUUUGAGGGCUCCAACGGCGAAGUCUUCAGCGACCCAUCAGGCAGCCGAGCAGAGCGACCGGAGGAAGAGGGGCCGGAGCUCGUGCAUGUGGUGCUGCGUGCCGACCCAUCCGACGGUACCGAAUCCACUGGCCGCCGGCGCUGGUUCUACUUUGGCGUGCGCUCGGUUCUCGACUCCCCUCAGAAGGUGCGAUUUGUUGUGAACAACAUGAGCAACAUGCUCGACCUUUACAACUUGGACGGCCACCGGCCUUUCCUUCGCAAGCUGCCUGGUUCGCCGGCAUGGCGACGUCUGGCAGAUGAGUCCUGCAAUUUCUCCUGCCAGGAGGAGCCUGGCCAGGCGGAUGACGCCAAACCCGUGGAUACAAGGAGUGAGCAAUGCCAGAAAGAUGAGCGACUCUUGCCGAAGAUUCGCGCGAUGUUGGACAGUGGGCCCGAGCCACCAAGGAAGCGUGGCAAAAGCUGCUACAUUGCAUGGGAUUACGUUCUGGAGCCCGGGUCGGCGACGACGUACUUCGCCUUCUCCCCACCGUAUACAUAUGCAGACCUGCAAGGCUAUUUGAAUCGCCUUGAACAAUUUUUCGCACAGCCCCCGACGAAGGGGAAGAAGUUGCCAGCCUACAUGGAAGCGAUUGAAAUUCAUGGUGGCGGUUCCGGCACUUUGGCUGCCCGAACCUCCUCUCCGGUAAAGCCGAAGAAGGUGAAGAUCACCAUCGAACAUGGGGCAGUUGACGACAGGAAGAUGACGCUGUGGGUGCGGAAGGAUUCCACCAUGCUGCAAGUAAGGCAGUCAAUCGUUGAGGUCCUGGGUUUGGGGAAGCUUUCGCAAGUAAAGCUUGUGAAGCGCAUGCCCAACUCGGAGCGCCUUAUGACGCCUUUUGGUGAUACGGAGCGGCUGAAUCAAAGAACCCAUUUGUUGAUGGUCGGCUAUGAGUUCCCCAACGGCUUCAAGGGCCCUGAGCCGGAGGUUUCGCAGGCCCCGCAAGAGGCACCCGAAGCUACGCCUGAAGCUGGUCCGGCCCUGCCCAUGCUGAACGGCACCGACGAAUCCUGGAACCCCGUGUCUGGCUCAAACAUCUACCUUCACAGGCAGCGCCUGUGCCUAACGAGAGAGGGCCGGAGGGUUGACUUGCUCACCGUCUCCGAGCUCUCUGAGUCUGAGCUGAACGCCAAAGUUUGCGUUGAGACUUCACCACCGAGUUUCUUGAGCAGCUCUGUCGCGGUGGACGGCGAGAGCCCCGCGGAGCUGUUCCCUCAAAGGCCCAUCGUCUUCGUCUCUGCCCGGGUCCAUCCCGGAGAAACGCCAGGCCAGUUCGCUUUCUUCGGACUUCUGCGAUUCCUGCUGUCUGAUGAUCCGCGUGCUGAACUGCUGCGGCGGCAAUUCGUCUUCAAGCUAGUCCCUAUGCUUAACCCAGAUGGGGUGGCGAGGGGCCACACCAGGGCAAAUGCUGGCGGGCUUGACCUGAAUCGUUGUUACGGCGAUGCGAAUCCUAGAGAACAUGAAGGUGUCUUUUGGGCGCUCGAGUGGCUCAAGCACUGGGCAAGCGAAGGUCGACUUCUCUUCUACCUGGACAUGCAUGCACAUGCCCAUACACGCGGCUGCAUUCUGUACGGCAAUCGCUUGUCGGGUGCUGCACAGGUCUGGAACGUUGCUUUUGCGCGCAUCUGCGAGCUGAAUGGUCCCCAUUUCGACUUCGAGGGCUGCGAGUUCCCUCCGACGUCUGACAAGGAGCACGGACACGACAGCAACGAGAACUGCGGUCGGGCAUCGGUAGCGGCCAUGUGCAAUGUGAGUCAUGCUUACACGUUGGAGUGCCACUACAGCAUCGGUCGACAGGCCCAUCCGGUGGAAGAGCUCAGCUGCUUGCACGGGAGGCCGACUCAUCCUGGAAUGCAUGUUCCGUUUGUUUGCCAGGUGCCCUAUGGUGUUUACGAGUGGGAGAGCAUCGGAGAGGCAUUAGCCUGCGCCAUGCUUGACCUGCAUGGCGUGACCACACUGAACCGCUCUUCUGCGCAAGCUCUGGAUGUCCUGGGAGAGGUGGCAGCUCGCCUGGCAGUCCCCGGAGUCAAAGCAACAACUCCAGAAAGCCUACUGACUGCGAACCCGCGAGAGGCGCUGAGACUGAGACUGCCUGCGACUUUGGCAGACCAGGAGCUUUGUGAAGUGCAGCUCUGGCGAGUGCUCCAUUCGGUCGUGGUGGCGCGCGAACGCCCCGACUUGGAGGCUCAGGUCCUGGAGGUCUUCGGCAAAGGCCAAAUGCUCGCUGUCGCAGAGGAGGUUCCGAGCAGCCCGUGGGUGAGGCUAGCAACCCCAUGCGGCUUCCUCGGCGGCAAGCUGAACACCGAACUGUACAAGGCAUGUUGA